AUGGAUAUCACGUUCGAUGAUUUUGUCGUUGUCCACAUCCAGCAGACCUUGGAUAUUCACUUCUCCGGCGUCUUCCAGCCCUGGAACCGCUGGUUCCUCCACAGAUACGAGAAGGUGCUGCGAGAAGAGUGUGGAUACAAGGGUUAUCAGCCCCGGUGCUCGUCAUCUGAGGCUGGCUCGUUUCGCUCGGGUAGUAUUGGGAUUGGGCGAAGUUAUCACACAGCCCCUGAGAAAUCGCCCAUCUUCAACGGAGGCUCAUAUAGCUUCGGUGGCAAUGGGGACUUCAUCCCUCAUGAAGGUCUAGCCAUUGACCCUCCUGAAGGAGUGGGCGGCGGCAACGUCCAGCUUCCCGCUGAAGUUGGUGGCGGCUUCGUGACCACUGGCCCAUUUGCCAAUAUGACCAUCAAUCUCGGCCCCGUUGGUGGCCUCGAGGGCACCGCGCCCGGCCCAGAUGGAGGCUUGGGGUAUAAUCCUCGCCGCCUGAAGCGCGAUGUUGGCCCUGCCCUGAAUACGCGGUAUGCCAACUAUACUACCGUUCUAAAUCUCUUACUCAAGCCGGACAUUGUCUCAUAUCGACUGCUCUCGGAAGGUGUUCCUUACACUAUCGAGAUUGGCCCUCACGGUGGCAUCCACUACACUAUCAGUGGCGACCCCGGCGGUGACCUCUUCUUCACUUCCCCUGGUGAUCCCGCCUUUUGGGUCCACCAC